UAGGUCACAAUGUUAAUACUCAUUAGAUGCAAUUCAGUAGCAUGCAGUCAAUAGAGGUUGCACAUAUCGAAAAUCUGAAAGUACGAAACAACGAACCAAUUAGGUGGCCUACAUUUGAUUCAAUUCAUGUAUAUAAACCCAUACUUGUAUAAAAGAUUAAAAUCAGACGCCAGAAGAAGACUUUUUCGGGUCGACUGUUCAGCUGAGCAGCUUAAAGAAGGUUGAGUUCAUUAUUUCCAUCUCAGUUCUGUUUCGAGUUGAAGGUCGUUGGUGUUUGCUUAUCAACGAACUUAGCAAAUACUUUUUAUCAGUAUCUCCAAUGCCGUCAAAGGCCAAAAGAAACUCAAAUUCGAAAUCAUCAGAUCAAGAUAAAAAUUGUUCGACCACUUCAUCUGAAACUGAAACUACAAACAUUUCGUACAGAACAGCCUGGUCUGUGCAUAAGACACCAGCCAGCUCAUACAAUACACCUUCAAUGAACCAAUCGGAAACUGGGACGCCUGGUGCUAACGAAUCAAGGGAAGUGAAAUUGUCCAGUGAAUCAGGAGGCACUGCAUCCGCCGACUCGCAAUAUUGUAGUCUGAACGAAUCGGAACUUACGGCCUCUGCGCAAUCUGACACUCCUAGGUCCUCAGGACAUCAGAGUGACUUGAACGACUUACGAGUGAUGCCGGAGAGUUCGGACCCGACUUGUGGAACGUCCAACCCCAAUGUAAGCACCCCUGAGCAGAGUGGCAAAGUGCAGUUUGUGCUGGGGGACUCGGAGUCUCCGACCGAACUGGCAGCCGCAACCACUUCCGAGGGCGGCGAUCUCAACACGCACAUGCCUGUUAGACGCAAUACCUCCAACACUCUGCAGAAUAGUCCACUGAAACAGAGCUGGAGCAAUCUCUCUUCCAGGACUUAUCCCUGGACCAGGACAGGAACUAACGCCUCACUGGACACAGUGGAUCUAACUGCAGCCACUCCGCAGGAGUUUGUGGCCAAAUUGGGCGGAUCGGUUGUGAUAGAGAAAGUUUUGAUAGCCAACAAUGGAAUUGCGGCUGUGAAGUGCAUGCGCUCUGUCAGAAGAUGGUCUUACGAGAUGUUCCGAAAUGAAAGAGCAAUCAAGUUUGUUGUGAUGGCCACUCCCGAAGAUUUGGAAGCGAACGCCGAGUACAUCAAACUGGCCGACAACUACAUCCUGGUGCCUGGAGGCUCCAACAACAACAACUACGCCAAUGUAGAACUCAUUCUGGACAUCGCCAGACGCCAGCUGGUCCAGGCUGUGUGGGCCGGGUGGGGCCACGCGUCGGAGAACCCGAAGCUGCCGGAACUGUUGAGCCAACACGGCAUUGCCUUUCUGGGUCCGAAUGCGGGGGCGAUGCACGCGCUAGGAGACAAGAUUGCCUCGUCCAUUGUAGCCCAGACAGUCGGAGUUCCCACGUUGCCCUGGAGUGGAAGUCACAUCAAGUUAUCCAAGGAGAUUUUGGACAAGGGGCAGAAGCUGGUGAUCUCGGAUGAGAUGAUUGAGGAAGGGGCAGUGCAGACAGCAGAGCAGGGACUGCAGGCGGCCGAGAGGAUCGGCUUCCCAGUCAUGAUCAAGGCCUCGGGGGGAGGAGGGGGCAAGGGCAUUCGCAAGGUGGAGGCCAGGGAGGACUUCCUCAACCGCUUCAGAGCAGUCCAGGCCGAGUUCCCCGGCUCUCCCGUCUUCAUCAUGAAGAUGGCCACCAACACCAGACACAUCGAAGUGCAAAUAAUCGCAGAUAAACACGGAAAUGCAAUAUCUCUAUUCAGCCGUGACUGCUCAAUUCAGAGGCGUCAUCAGAAGAUAAUUGAAGAGGCGCCGGCAGUGGUGGCAGAGCCAGAGGUAUUCAUGGAAAUGGAAAGAGCUGCCGUGGCAUUGGCCAAAGCGGUCGGCUAUGUCAAUGCGGGGACAGUCGAGUACCUGUACACGGACGAGGGCUUCUACUUCCUGGAACUGAACCCUAGGUUGCAAGUGGAACAUCCUUGUACAGAAAUGGUCGCAGAUGUCAAUUUGCCCGCACUGCAGUUACAGGUUGCUAUGGGAAUUUCUCUCCACCGCAUCAAAGACAUUCGACUCCUAUAUAGAGAAUCGCCGUAUGCCGAUAGCACGAUCGAUUUUGACAAUCCUGCAGUUUACCCGCAGCCUAAAGGUCACGUGAUUGCCUGUCGAAUUACGAGCGAGAAUCCGGACGAGGGCUUCAAACCCAACUCGGGAUCUCUGAAUGAGUUGAACUUCAAGAGCAGCAAGCAUGUUUGGGGGUACUUUUCGGUCAGUGGAUCGGGGGGAGUGCAUCAGUUUGCUGACUCGCAGUUUGGACACUGUUUUGCAUUCGGAGACACGAGGAACGAUGCCAUUUCGAACAUGGUGAUGGCGUUGAAGGAACUGUCGAUCAGAGGGGAUUUCAGCACCACUGUCGACUACCUGAUCACGUUGCUCCAGACGGACGACUUCAUCGAGAAUCUCUUCGACACUAACUGGCUGGACAACAGAAUCGCCAACAAUGUCACUGCAGCCAAGCCAGCUUUGAUGCCAGCACUGGUGGCCACCGCAAUUCUCAUAGCGGACGAUGAGAUCAUGAACAACCACUCGCAUUACAGAAGUUGUCUGGAAAGAGGCCAAGUGUUGCCGCCGUCAAACCUAGACGCAUACAAAUGUGUGGAGUUGAUUCACGACUCAGUCAAGUAUAAAAUUGAAGUAACGUUGUUGAACCCGACUGAAUACAUUGUUCAGCUGAAUGACUCAUCCAAUGUGGUCAGGUUCCACAGACUGAAUGAUGGGGGACUACUGCUCUCGCUGGAGGACAACACUAGCUACACGGCAUACAUGAAGGAAAGUGUGGAUUCUUACCGGCUGCAGUUGAACAACCAGACUAUAACGUUCGACAAGGAAAACGACCCCACUUUGCUGAGGGCCCCAUCGGCAGGGAAACUUGUGGAAUACCUUGUGGAAGAGAACGAAAAGAUAUCCAUCGGCACUCCAUACGCUACGAUUGAAGUCAUGAAGAUGUUGAUGACCCUCACGUGUAAUAUGGCCGGCAAAAUCAAAUUCGUCAAGCGACCCGGAACUAUUCUCUCUCCGGGAAUGCUGAUAGCCGAAAUCGAAAUGGAUGACAGCGCUUCGUUCCAACAGGCGAAGCUCUUUGACGGCCGCUUAGGAAUCGUGCAUCCACAAACAAAGUCAAUGACGUCAGCCAAACCAAAUGAUGUUUACAAGCAAAGCUUGAGGAGUCUGGAGUACAUAAUGGACGGAUAUUGCAUGCCAGAGCCCUUGUUUACAGACCACUACAGCAAACAGCUGUCGAGAUUGAUUAAAAGUCUGCGGGAUCCGACGUUGCCACUUCUGGAAAUGCAGGACGUCCUUAAUACCAUGUCUGGAAGGCUGAACCCAGGUCUAGAUGUGGCCAUUAGGCGUGAGUUGCAGAAGUACGUGUCAAACUUGAACGCUGCUUUAUGUCAGUUCCCCACGAACAAAAUAGUGACACUGAUAGACGAGUUCAUGGCGACGAAUAUCAAGAGCAAAACGGACCGUGACUUGUUUGUUCAAAACACUCAGCCUAUUGUACAGGUAGCGACCAAAUUCAAAGAGGGCCUGCGUGGAAAUGCAGUGGCCACCUUCACAGCCCUGUUUGUGCGAUACCUCUCAGUAGAGGAGAACUUCCAAAUAUACCACCUGGAGAAGUCGGUGAAGAGGAUGCGCGAAUCAGACAUGAGCACUGAUGUGGUGAUGAGCUACAUCAGAUCACACGCGCAGGUGAACCGAAGGAACCAAGUGGUCAUUGCUCUCUUCGACGCAUUCGCCAAACACUUCCACCAUCUCAUUCCCAAACUCAAGUCCGUAUUCGUCAGAUUCACCGAGCUCAAUCAGCCGGUGAAUAACAAAGUGGCGCUAAAAGCUAGAAAGGCGCUGAUCAGCUUGUACCAGCCCAGCUACGAGAGUAGAAAGAACACUCUCGAGGCCGUCUUCAUCAAGAUCCUCGACUCGGCGUCCUUCAUUGACAAAGUGGCCACUACAGAAUUAUACGAUCUCAUCAAUCAAGACAUGGCCAUUUUCGACGUGCUGCCGGCCUUCUUUUUCCACUCCAACUUACAAAUAGCUUUCUUGUCCCUCGAGGUUUAUAUCAGGAGGUCUUAUAUUGCGUACGAAGUGCACAGUAUGAGUCAUGAGCAGCUGGACGAUUCGAUUCCGAUGACUGUUUUCGAAUUCAGUCUGCCCAAGUUCCACCCCAACAGACAUCGCAUGUUCCGCAGUCCAAGCAUCAUCAGCGACAAUUUCUUCCCCGAAACCGACAGCACUGGCGAGAACAAUAUCUACGACAGAGUGGGAGUCAUGGCUGCCUUUCCGAGUAUUGAUGUCAUGAAAAAAUUUGUUGCAAGUGUGAUCCAAACAUUCCCAGAUCGAGAGCACGAGGGUUUGUAUGCAUCUGCGGCGCCCUUGUUCCGUGAGCUGGAUCGUCCUUCGAAGCCUAAGGAGCCCAUUCAUAUCUUGAACUUCAUGGUGAAGGAGCAGGAAGAAGUGCAAGACUCCGAGUUGGUUCAGAUCCUGCAGCAGAUCUGCUCAGAAAACCUGAAAAUGUUUUUGCAGUACAAUGUGCGAAGGUGCACAUUCAUGGUAUUUCCAAAGACGCCAAAAAGUAUGGACUACCCUGCAAGGUUUUUCACCUUUAGAUCCAGCAGUAUUCUGGAGUAUGAAAGAGCUUUCAACCUGCAUAAAAGUGGAAGUGAUCCAUCAUUGCGUGAAGUAAAAUUCGCCGAGGAUACAUUGUACCGUCACUUGGAACCAGCGAUGGCGUUCCAGCUUGAAAUUCAUCGAAUGAGGAACUAUGAUUUAAGGAUUCUGCCGAGUAACAAUUUGAGACUCCACAUUUAUUUAGCCAAAGCUAAAACUGAAACAGGAAGUAAAGAUUGCAGGUUCUUUUUGCGAGCAAUUGUUAGACACGCUAGUUUGAAGACCUCUGCAUCCGCCACGGAGUAUUUAAAGAGUGAAGCUGAGAAGUUGUUGUUGGAAGCGUUGGAUGAGCUAGAGCUGCAUUGUCACAAUGCCGACAACCCGAAAACAGAUUGCAACCAUAUCUUCUUCAAUUUCGUCCCCACUGUCCUCAUUGACCCGGCAUUUGUAGAGUCCUACGUGCGAGACAUGAUUGAGAAGUUCGGGCUCCGCCUGUGGCGACGACGGGUGCUGUGCGCCGAGUUGAAGUUCAUGAUUCGUCCGACAGAGGACUCGGAGCCGAUUCCCAUUCGAGUCACUGUUGAUAACGAGUCAGGAUUCGUAUUGAAACUUCACACGUACAGAGAACGACUGGACACGGCUACAGGCAACAUCAUAUUCCAAUCAUGGUCCAAACAUGACUCAGGACCGAUGGAAGGCAUGUCUAUCGGAACUGCGUAUCUGACCAAGAACCAUCUGCAAUCGAAGAGAUUUGCCGCGCAAACUCAUGGAACUGGGACUACCUAUGUGUACGACUACCCCACAGUGCUGCAGAACAUAAUCGCACAGCAGUGGGAAGAUUUCAACAGGCAACACAGUCAAGUCAAAGUUCCAAAGACUGUGCUCAAGUGUCAAGAAUUGGUGCUUAACACAAGUAAUGAGUUGGUUUCAAUCAACAGAAACCCAGCAGAGAACACUAUCGGAAUGGUGGCGUGGCGAAUGACAUUGAUGACUCCGGAAUGUCCUCAAGGACGAGAAAUAGUUUUCAUUGCGAACGAUAUUACAUUCCAACUUGGCUCAUUUGGCGUUGCGGAGGACAAUUUGUUUAAAAAGGCUUCAGAACUUAGUAGGAAACUGAAAAUUCCGAGAUUAUACGUUUCAGCCAAUAGUGGUGCGAGAAUUGGGCUUGCAAACGAGUUAAAAUCGCUUUUCCGAGUGGCUUGGGAUGAUCCGAAGAAACCAGAGCGUGGGUUCAAGUACAUCUAUCUGACUCCCAGCGACUAUAAGAAGAUCAGUUCCAGCGACUCCGUUGAAACGGAGUUGAUCGAAGAUAACGGAGAGUCGAGAUACAAGAUCACCGCUAUCAUCGGCAAAGAUCCCGGACUGGGAGUGGAGAACCUGCAAGGAAGUGGCCUGAUUGCGGGAGAGACGUCACAGGCGUAUCAAGAUGUGGUGACUUAUAGCAUUGUGACUUGCAGAGCAAUUGGAAUCGGUUCGUAUCUAGUGCGGCUUGGACAGCGAGUGAUCCAAGUGGACAAUUCGAAUAUCAUUUUGACUGGAUAUGCCGCAUUGAAUAAGCUGCUAGGGAGAGAAGUGUACAGUGACAACAGCCAGUUGGGAGGAACGCAAGUGAUGCAUUUUAACGGUGUAUCGCACUGCAUUGCAGAUAAUGACCACGAAGCGCUGAAAAAGUUUGUGCUUUGGCUGUCAUUUGUGCCUGCUUGCAAGAGUGGCGAUCCACCUCUUCUCCCGGAAUCGGAUCCUGUGGACCGUGAGGUUGAUUUCAUCCCCUCAAAGCAGCCCUACGACCCCAGACACAUGAUAGCUGGAAAACAUAAUCACGACGGCUCAUUUCAAAAAGGCUUCCUCGAUGUGGGAUCCUUCGACGAAAUCAUGGCCCCAUGGGCGCCAACAGUUGUCACAGGACGGGGACGUAUAGGUGGCAUGCCUAUUGGAGUAAUUGCCGUGGAAACAAGGACUGUAGAUGUCGAGACUCCCGCAGAUCCCGCAAAUCCAACUUCAGAAUCAAAAAUCCAAUCGCAAGCUGGACAAGUGUGGUAUCCCGACUCGGCGUAUAAAACAGCCCAGGUGAUAAAGGAUUUCAACCACGAGGAGCUGCCAAUCAUGGUGUUUGCAAACUGGCGAGGCUUUUCAGGAGGCAUGAAAGACAUGUUUGACCAAGUGCUCAAGUUCGGAUCCUACAUAGUUGAUGAACUGAGACAAUGUAGCCAACCUGUGCUGAUUUACAUCCCACCUUACGCGGAGCUGAGAGGAGGAGCGUGGGUGGUAAUUGAUCCUUCGAUCAACUACCAGGUGAUGGAAAUGUACGCAGAUCCCAACAGUCGAGGAGGUGUGUUGGAGCCGGAAGGUACUGUGGAAAUUAAGUUCAAAUGGAAGGACAUCAAGUUAGCGAUGAGGCGAGUGGACGACACGUACAGGAGAUUGGAAGACCAGUUGGCAAAUGCGGACUUGACAGCGGAGGCGAAAGCAGAGCUAGAAGCGAGCCUCAAACGACGUGAGGAAGUGUUGGGAUCUGUGUACCAUUCGAUCGCAGUUCACUUCGCCGACUUGCACGACACGCCAGCCCGAAUGAUGAAGAAGGACGUGAUCAACGACAUAGUGGACUGGAAAACUUCCAGAAAGUUCUUCUACUGGAGGUUCAAAAGACUCUCUCUCAAGAACAUAUUCUUCCGUAGAAUUGUGCAUACGCAAAUAUCUCGGAAGCAAUUCUCGUCGAUGAUGCAGAGAUGGUUCCUGGAAGCAAAAGGGGCCAUGAGUAUAUCCAGCUGGACCAAUGAUGAAGAGGUUGCGAGAUGGCUGCAGGGCGAACUGGACCAGGAAGUGGCCACAGGAAGCUGUCUGAUCUCGAGGAACAUCAUGGACAUUCGCCACCACAGCAUCGUGCAUAAGGUGAAAGAGAUCAUAGAACUGGAGCAGCCCAAAGUGUCCUUGGGGGGCACAGUGUUUGACCUGCAGCCGGGCAGUGGGGUGCCUAUAGACUUGAGUCCUGUAGGACCCAGUGGAGCAGUUCCAGAGAGUCCAGGAGCGACGAUGGCAUCCGUGGAUUCAAACAGUGGCAAGUUUGUAGACUUGGUUGAGGACACUGUCGCACAGCUGUUGCAGUUCCUCCCGCCCAACAGGCGCGCCAAGUUCCAGGGCCCCCAAACCUCCAAGUCCCUGGAUGAAGUGGAAGAAGAAGUUGCCGAUGUCACUGCUUCUGACUGAAAAUUGCUUUAACUAAACAUGAAAUUGUAUAAAAUUGAAAUAUGUAUAGCUGAGAAAUGUGAUAGAGCAUUUGUUCAGUCGUUAAUUGAUUUACAUUUUACACCAAUAUCUGACUAGUUCAUACUAGUACAACGCUCAGGUAAACGUAUGUUUUUUAUUAAGCGUUAAUAAACGAUGGUUAUUUUCAGCUAAUAAGGUCUUGUUUUUUUGGUCUUUGCAAUAAUCAACGCAGGCGCUACCCAAUGGUUUUCUCGAUAAGGCAGAAUUCCAAAAAAAACCUUUGCAAAAUUUCUUUAUCUUUAAAAAAAAAACAGACCAAAAACGAAUUUUGGAAUGUUUUAAAGAGAAUCGCUUUUUUUUCGGCGAGCACUACCUCUUCAAAUUUAGUAUGUAUUGACGCGAAUUUGAUAGAGAAUUACCGACACGUGUAACUUGUUAAAUAGUUGUUAAGAUUACAAAAAAAUUAGAUCAGUCGUUUUUUUCUUUGCUUGAGUUUAUGAACGCUUUUCCAACUGUCUGCUGGCUUUAUUUCUUAAUUUUCCAUGCGCUUCAUCAAAUUAUCUGCGAUACUCGAAGUUGUUAUGUAGUGAUUGCCGAUUGCUCACAUUGUUGGGCUAAUUGUAUGCUAAAUAUAUAAAUGGGUAAUAUGCCGUUAAUAAUGUAAAGUUGAUAUUGAUCUAUUACAAAGAUUUCAAUUUAUUUUCCAUUUUG